UGUUUGACAAAAUUUUUUUUGAUUGAAUACUACUUUUUUCUUAUUGAAUAACUGUGAAACAAAUUUAAGUCCAUAGAGAUCUACGUCUGAAAUGGAGCCGUGAUCAGCAACAGACAGCUCGCGGACAAAAUUAAAGGAUAUAACGAAAGAAAAAAGUAAAAUACGACAUGUGUAAAAAAUGAAUGUUUCGGAAACUCCGGUGAGUCAAGCUAAUGGCGAUGGAAAAGUGGUAGCUAACCGACAGCUCAGCUAGGCAGUAGGCUACCUUAGCUAACCAACUGCUAGCUGUUUUAAUAGUUGGAAUACGUGAUAAAAAGAUGUGACUAGGUUGGUUAGCUAAGAUAACUACAUUAGUUAACCACCUGAUAGCUGACACCAUAGACAUGGUAUGAGGUCUCUUAUAUUAUGUCUAUGGCUGACACUUUCUUAUAACGGUUAAACAAGUCAGUUAAAAACCAAUUGGAGUGUUUUGGAAAACGUUUAAUGUUUAAUUCAUGUUACGUAGUUUAAAUGUGUUCGUAAGGUUAAUUAUAUAAAAAAUGGGCUGUGUGACAAUAAUAUUUUACUAACCAUUGUGUGGUGGUGGAAAAGUUUGAAAACUUGCCUAGAAAAUGCUUGAAAACUGCUUGAUAUUCAAACUUCACAGUUUUGUAAUAUAAUGCAGUCUAAUAUUUGAUUUUUUUUGUUAAAUCAGGGUUUUGUUCUCAGUCUAGUCAGGUGUAUAGGGUAUUAAAUAAACAUUUCAAAACAACAUUUAGUUAUAUUUUAAUUUAACAUUGCCUCUGUUGUAGAAAGUUGAGUGCUAUAGCAAGACACUAAUAAAAAUAGUUAUAAAUGAUAUUGAAACUGUGGACUGUAGUUCAUUGGUGUUUGAACUCCAAAGUUUAAACGUUUUUUUUCUUUGAGACCCUAGAAGUGGCGUUGAAGUUUGGGUGUGAUGGUGAGCCAGACCGAUGGACGACACACUGAAGAUUCCUGCUGGUUGACUGGCCAGCUGCUUCAGGAAACUUCUGUGAACUCCUCUUUGAAAUAUCUGGAUUUUCCAGCGAAGGAAUUACACAGAGACUCUUGCCUACCUGGGUGGUGCAGAGUUGCAGGACUGAAUGUGAUCCAGGCGUUUUGUUGAGGUGGUUUGCUGUUAUCUGGAGCUGGAGGUCAGUUCAUCGAUGCAAUGAUUAACCUGAGAGUGAGCACAGAGAGGGUAAAGAGCGUCUCCGAGGGUUCAGUCAGCCUCUGUCCUGCCAGCAGAAAGGAAACCCGCCUAUAGCCCACCGAUCCGCAGGUUUUCUGGUCCCACACCGAUGGACGACAUUUUUGACCUGAGUCCCACAGCGGCGGUGAAACGAGUAUCCUCCUUGCUGGACUGCAGUCUGACCUCAGAGAAAGUAGCCGAUUACUUUGACAAACAUGACAAACUGAGGCACCUCAGAGAAAACUUCCUGGUGCCCAAAAUUGCAGAUUUGCCCCCCACUGAUCUCUCUCUAGUGGACGGGAGCCAAGAAUGCAUCUACCUGUGUGGAAACUCGUUGGGUCUGCAACCCAAAAAUGCACGGAAAUAUCUGGAGGAGGAGCUGGACAACUGGGCUAAGAUAGCUAUUCAUGGUCACACUGUCGGCUCGAGACCUUGGGCGUGGGCAGAAAACAACAUUGAAGACUCUAUGGCGAAUAUUGUUGGGGCUAAAAGCGGGGAGGUUGCUCUGAUGAACGGCCUGACGGUUAAUCUGCAUCUCCUAAUGCUGUCCUUCUACAAACCGACUCCAACUAGACACAAAAUCCUUCUGGAGAGCAAAGCCUUCCCUUCAGAUCACUAUGCCAUCGAGUCUCAGAUCCGCCUGCGAGGAUUUGAACCCGAGAGCAGCAUGCUGAUGCUGUCUCCCAGACCAGGUGAAGACACCCUGAGAACUGAGGACAUCCUGGACGCCAUCGAGAAAGAAGGUGACAUCAUCGCCAUGGUGAUGCUGCCUGGGGUUCAGUACUACACCGGUCAGCUGUUUGACAUGGACGCCAUCACCAAGGCUGGCCACAAAAAGGGCUGUUUUGUUGGAUUUGACUGCGCCCAUGCAGUGGGAAACGCAGAUCUGAAGCUGCAUGACUGGGAUGUUGACUUCGCCUGCUGGUGCUCCUAUAAGUAUCUGAAUUCAGGUGCUGGCGGCCUCGCCGGGGCGUUCAUUCACGAAAAACAUAAAGACACCAUCAAACCGGCGCUGUUAGGAUGGUGGGGUCAUGACCUGGCAACUCGCUUUAGGAUGACCAACAUGAUGGAGCUGCAGCCCGGAGUGAGCGGCUUCAGACUGUCAAAUCAGCCCAUUCUUCUUGUCUGCCCUCUACAGGCCAGCCUAGAAGUGUUUAACAAGGCAAGUAUGCAGUCGCUGCGGAGGAAGUCUGUACUCCUGACCGGGUACCUGGAGUACCUGAUAAAAGAGUACUACACAGAGGACCCGGCCCAGCCUCACAAAGCCUACGUCCAAAUCCUCACGCCCUCUGACCCCCAGCAGAGGGGCUGCCAGCUGUCGCUCUCCUUCUCCAUCCCGAUCCGGAGAGUCUUCCAGGAGCUGGAGAAGAGAGGAGUCGCUUGUGACAUGAGAGAGCCCAGUGUGCUGCGAGUGGCUCCGGUGCCGCUCUACAACUCCUUCAGGGACGUGCAUCGCUUCAUUGAAACACUGGGAAAAGCUCUGACUGCCAGCAGAAGCUAACCUGAAAUAAGAAGAAAACAACUUCAGCAACCUAAUCAAACCCUGUGUGCUGCAAAGUUCUGUCGAUAUGCAACCAUCUUGUCAUUAAUGUCAUUAAACCAAUGAUAAAACACCCGA